UAUAAGCAGAUUGCCGGUUCAGCAAAAACAGCUGGUGAACCAAUCCUUAGUAAUUAAUCAUAAAGCUUAAAAUGUUUCUAAUAAGACGUUACUUUAGUGGGUUUCAACACAUAAAAGCAAUUACAAAUACUGCUAAACCUGGAGACCGUCUUGAUGUGCUAGGAUGGAUCAAAAACAUACGGCGCUUGAAGAAAAAUAUAUUUUUUGACCUUAACGAUGGUUCCACUGUACGUCAAUUUCAAGUGGUCAUACCGAAAACAACGGACACAAAGGAUAUAAGUGUUGGGAGUAAUAUCCGUGCAUCCGGGUUCAUACAAGUAGCGCCUAAUGGCCAACUAGAAUUACACGCCGAACAUGUAAAAGUAAUAGCUGACGGCCAUAUAACAGAUUAUCCUUUUACGCCAAAGCAGCAGCAUCCUCCUGAAUAUGUUCGUGAACAUUUACACCUGCGUGCGCGUGUAGAUUACAUAGCGGCGCAAAUGAGAUUGAGGCAUCGUGCAUUGAAGGCGAUACAUGACUAUAUGGAUGAAUUGCACUUUGUCCAGAUUACCACUUCCGUUCUUACAACAAAUGACUGUGAAGGUGCUGGAGAAAUUUUCAGAGUGCAACCAGAUUCUGAUGUGCUCCUCAAGGAAAUGGCCCGACCCAAUAUUCCCACUGAGCAUAGUUACUUCGACAAAAAAGUGUUUUUGUCCGUUUCAGGGCAAUUACAUUUAGAAGCAAUGUCACAUGGAUUGGGUAAUACAUACACAUUAACCCCAGCAUUUCGCGCUGAAAAUUCUAAAUCGCCACUACAUUUAUCGGAAUUUUAUAUGUUUGAGGCUGAAUUAGCAUUUAUGGAGGACAUUUCCUCCUUAACCUCAUUCAUUGAGAAAAUGAUAAAAAACGUUACAUUACGGAUUAUAGAAUCAGCAACAGACGAUUUAAAAUUUUGUCAAGAAAAAGCAUUAGGUUCUGCUUUUGAGCUACCUUGGCUGAAAGCAGCGUGGAUCACUCUUAGCUAUGAUGAAGCUUUGGACAUUUUAAUAGCAAAUAAAGAGAAAUUUAAAACAGCACUUAAACCAAGUGAAGGAUUUUCUAAGGAACAAGAAUUAUUCCUCGCCGACCAUUGUGGAACUCCAGUGUUUGUUGUUGAUUGGCCUUCUGAUCAAAAGCCUUUCUAUAUGAAAGUGGUUCAAACAAAACCUGAUCGAGUUCAUGCUCUAGAUUUGUUAAUGCCUGAAGUUGGAGAAUUGUGUGGAGGGAGUUUACGUGAAAAUGACGAGAUGCGUUUGAGGUCACAUCCACGUUUACCACAAGACUUGGAAUGGUAUUUGGAAUUGAGAAAGUUUGGCGGCGUUCCUACAGGUGGUUUCGGCUUAGGUUUUGAGCGCUACCUUCAAUUACUCAGUGGAGUAAAGAACAUACGUGAUGUUAUACCAUUUCCACGAUACCCACAUAGUUGCCAAAUGUGAAUAUAUUUAUGUUGCUUUUAUUACUAUGCAUAUUCAUGAAGAUGAAAAGUUGACAAUGAAAGUAAUAAUAAUAAUUAAUAUUCUUUAAAAGCAACAAAAAAAACAUUUUCAUUAAUUUAAAUAUAUUUUGUCACCUAUUACGUAUACGGAUUUCGAUAUUCAAUUGUUUAGAUUUGCCAAGUAUUAAUCUUUGCACUGUAUUUUCAUAUUGGAACAUUAUAUACACAUACUUUGAGCCGCUGUAAGAGAAAGUACAAUGUUUCCACGACAGUCGAGUCUACGUAACUGGAGCGGACCUAAACUCUUUCCGGCUAAGGGUCGUCAACUCUGUUGAAUUCUGCCGCUACAACAACAACAAAGUGCAAUGGUUUAAGCUUUACUGGAUUGAUUUUAUGGGCAAUAACAUGGAUAUCACCAAAAAUUAUAAAAAUAUUAAAUUUAUAUACACACAUACAUAUGUAUGUAGUAAUGUCAAAUAAAAGUUUUUAGCUUCAUGGAGAUAAUAAAUAAUACUGUUUAUCGCCUUAAGCAAUCAGGGAUACACAGCCUAAUAUAUGAAUCCCAAAAAAUCAGUUUUUGGACAGGAAGUACCAAUAUCAAUUGCUUUAUAAAGUGCUGAACACAUAGAGCGCGACAGACUGCAAGCCACAUUUGUCAAAUAUUAAAUGCACGACUGCAGGCCGUCAGUUGUCACUCUCGCUAACUUCAAAAUAUUCUUAUAUUUGCCAACGACAGUAGAGUUGACAGUAGAGAGGAGUAA